AUGAAGAAAAGUAAGCAAAGGAUAAAAAGGGAAAAGAAAUCAUUUUGUUGUUUUCCUCUGUUUCCUAUCACGUUAUUUUUCUCUUUUUUUUUAAAUUCCUGUCUCCUUUCUUUCUUUCUUUCUUUCUUUCUUUCUUUCUUUCUUUCUUUCUUUCUUUCUUUUCAUUCAUUUUCCCAUCUUUACCUUGCUUUCUGUCUUUCUUUAUAUUCUUUCUUUCUUUCUUUCUUUCUUUCUUUCUUUUCACUCAUCUUAAUUUGUUUGUUUCUUUCUUUUCUAUCAUCUCAAUUUGUAUUCUUUUUCCACCAUAGUUUGUAUUCUUUCUUUCUUUCUUUCUUUCUUUCUUUCUUUCUUUCUUUCUUUCUUUUAAUCCAUCUCAGUUUGUAUUCUUUCUUUCUUUCUUUAUUUGCUCAAAAUUCCCUCUAUUACUUAUUUGAUUUUCUUUCUUUCUUUCUUUCUUUCUUUCUUUCUUUGCUCAAAAUUCCAUAUAUUACUUAUUUGCUUUUCUUUUUCGUUCUUUCUUUUUCUUUCUUUCUUUCUUUCUUUCUUUUCUUUCUUUUUUUUUCUUUCUUUGCUCAAAUUCCCUCUAUUACUUAUUUUCUUUUUCUUUCUUUCUUUCUUUCUUUCUUUCUUUCUUUCUUUCUUUCUUUCUUUCUUUCUUUCUUUGCUCAAAAAUUCCCUCUAUUACUUAUUUCCUUUUCUUUUCUUUCUUUUCUUUCUUUCUUUCUUUCUUUCUUUCUUUCUUUGCUCAAAAUUCCAUAUAUUACUUAUUUGCUUUUCUUUCUUCUUUCUUUCUUUCUUUCUUUCUUUCUUUCUUUCUUUCUUUCUUUGCUCAAAAUUCCCUCUAUUACUUAUUUCCUUUUCUUUCUUUCUUUCUUUCUUUCUUUCUUUCUUUCUUUCUUUCUUUGCUCAAAAUUACCUCUAUUACUUAUUUCCUUUUCUUUCUUUCUUUCUUUCUUUCUUUCUUUCUUUCUUUCUUUCUUUCUUUGCUCAAAUUCCCUCUAUUACUUAUUUCCUUUUUUUCUUUCUUUCUUUCUUUCUUUCUUUCUUUCUUUUUUGCUCAAAUUCAUAUAUUACUUAUUUGCUUUUCUUUUCGUUCUUUCUUUCUUUCUUUUUUCUUUCUUUUCUCAAAAUUCCCUCUAUUACUUAUUUCCUUUUCUUGCUUUCUUUCUUUCUUUCUUUCUUUCUUUCUUUCUUUCUUUCUUUGCUCAAAAUUCCAUCUAUUACUUAUUUGCUUUUCUUGCUUUCUUUCUUUCUUUCUUUCUUUUAAUCCAUCUCAGUUUUUUGUAUUCUUUCUUUCUUUCUUUCUUUCUUUCUUUCUUUUCUUUCUUUCUUUUAUUCCAUCUCAGUUUGUAUUCUUUCUUUCUUUCUUUCUUUCCUUCUUUCUUUCUUUCUUUCUUUCACCUCAGUGUCUCUAUUUAA